AAAACAAUUUUUCAGAAAUUUAAAUUUUUCCAAUGUAGGUAAUAAUCUAAUUUAAAUUCGUACGUAGCUCUAUUGUUUAUUUCUGAAAAUGAAGAGACUUUGCCGUGUUUGUUUAUCGUUAGAGGGUAAUGAAGUAUUUCAACCAAUAACAGAAAACCAGUGUAAAAUUUCGGAAGAAUUGUUUUACGUUUGUGGCGUUACGGUAACUGAUCAUCUCGAUUAUCCAGCAUUAAUUUGCUGUAAUUGUGUAAUUGAUGUCUCAAAUGCAGCACGAUUAAAAAGAAUUGCGCUUGUUGCGGAUGCUUUCUUCACGAAACAAAUUGAUUUAAGAGAAGAGAAGUCAGAAAUACCAACUGAAAGCUAUGAAGAACUCGAAAUUUCAGAAGAAUAUGUUGAUCAAAUUAUUGAAUAUGAUGAUAAAAUGGAAAUGAUUGAAGAAUAUUUGGACAUGGCAGAAGACUCAAAUCAUGAUGAAGUUCCAGUCAAACCACAAAAACAGAACAAGUCACUACCCAAACCCGUUAAACGAAACAGAAUUCACAAAUGCGAAUGUGGGAAAGAUUUUACAUCGUCUCAAAGACUCAGUGAUCAUAUUCGGACAAAGCAUGACAUCAUUCCCGAGUCUGAAUAUUUUUCUUGUAGCUUUUGUGACAAAAAAUUCAAAUUGCAGUCGUACCUCGAUUUUCACAUCCGCAACUUACAUUCAAACAAUCCUUUGAAAAAGAGACAGAAAAAUCCAUGUUCCUAUUGCGGUAAACUUCUCUCGUCUAAAAGUUCCCUUAAACAUCACGAGGAAAGACAUUUCUUGGCUUCACAACCUCUAGACGAAAUUAAGAAAUUUAUUUGUGAUACUUGCGGACAAAAGUUUCGACUGAAAUCUUACAUUUUUAAUCACAUCCAUAAUGUGCAUAUAAGGAAGAAGUACACAUGUUCGUUUUGUCAACAAGGCUUUUACAAGAAGUACGAAGUUAACGACCACAUCCGUCAAUAUCAUACAAUGGAGAGACCGUUUGAGUGUGAAUUCGAAGGAUGUACGAAAACCUUCUCAAGAAAAAAGAAUUUGUUAAUUCACAGACGAAUUCACACCGGAGAAAGGCCUUACUCAUGUACAGAAUCUCAGGACACUGAUCCGCGUUGCCCACCUAAUAACGACAUAACUGUUCAUCUUCCACAUGAAUAUAAUUGUUCAGUGUUUUACAAGUGCAAUUGGGGUGUUCCAGUGUUAUUCGAUUGUGAACCACCAGGAACUCAUUGGAGUGUUGAAUUAGAUUGGUGUGACUGGCCAGAACGUGCAAAUUGCACCCUAUCUGGGAUUCCACCGGGAGACGACACAACGAAUUUAGUUACAACAACUGAAAGUCUCCCCCCUGCAACUUCACCAUCACCGGAUCCGCGUUGCCCACCUAAUAACGACAUAACUGUUCAUCUUCCACAUGAAUAUAAUUGUUCAGUGUUUUACAAGUGCAAUUGGGGUGUUCCAGUGUUAUUCGAUUGUGAACCACCAGGAACUCAUUGGAGUGUUGAAUUAGAUUGGUGCGACUGGCCAGAACGUGCAAAUUGCACCCUGACUGGGAUUCCACCGGGAGAUGACACAACAAAUUUAGUUACAACGACUGAAAGUCUCCCCCCUGCAACUUCACCAUCACCCGAUCACGAUCCCAGAUGUCCGUGGGUUGAAGAUCCAGAAAAUCCAGUGCACAUUCCACAUCCAUAUGAUUGCGAAUUAUUUUUCAUAUGCGAUAAUGGAAGACUUGUACUUAAUCAAUGUUCUGGUGGUACCCAUUGGAGCGUCAUUCAUGAUCGUUGUGAGUGGCCACACAUUGCAGAGUGCGAUCCAAACACAAAUAUAGACGAAAGGUGUUCAAUAGAAGAUGAAUUGGCUUUUAUACCGCAUGAAUAUGAUUGUGAAAAGUUUUAUGCUUGUAAUCAAGGAAUAAUAAGUGUGCACAGAUGCGAAGAAGGAAGGCACUUUAAUCCCAGAUCAAAUCAAUGUGAUUCUCCAUCUAUUGCAAGAUGUGAGCUUUCUGGUUCAACUACAACAACAAUGAUGACUGAAACGACAGAGGAAGAAACAACUUUAGUGGAAUCAACAGAAGAGUCAACGACAGAAGUAACUCUCGCAACUGCCCCUACGGUUUGGCCAACAUUAGCAACAGCGCCAACUGUUUUCCAAAGAUUACCAACAACACCUUCAAGAAAAUACUUUUGAAGCUCUUUUAAAAAAUAUUUCCCUCAUAAAAAAAGAAAAAAUUAAAUAAAAUUUUAGGUAAAACAUGCUGAGAAGUUUAUUUUUUCAGUUCCUAAUAUUUAUUUUAUUUUCAUCUCAUAGAAAUUAC